AGUGGCCUCACUCGUUUGUGUUGUUCAGCUUAGAAAGCCGGAAGGAACAAUAAAUUAUAUGUUUCUACUCAUCUAUCAGAGGGCUGAAGGAGGGAAGACAUGUCACUGUAUACAGUUUCAUCCCAAAGCCCCUCUUAAUCUCAAUCUGCUCUGUCAUGUUCUAAGUACUGGGCAUGGAAAAGCCCUCUCUGUGAACUUCCUAGAGCUGCCUCCCAUUAUUCGCCUUGCAGGAAAGCACGCUGACUCCUAGAUGGGGACAUGCAGCAAGAUUGUAAUAGGGGAGCUACUCCUGUGCCUCUCCAUUCAGAUCUGGAUGAAUACUGAAGCUUCUCUUGGAAGCAUGACGGGGGAGGUGAAUGAAAGGAUAGUCAUACCUUGCCAAAAUCAGAAAAGUAAUACAUCGGGAACAUCAUGGUUUAAAGACAACUUCAACCAAGCUUUACUUUCCUGCGGUAGCGACAAAUCUACAGAUGAACGUUUUUUGAGAGAAAAUAGUUCUCUUGUCAUAUCAAGUAUAAAGAUCCCUGAUGAAGGCAACUACACCUGUCGUGAAUGUCCGGAACAUACGGGCAAUGAAGAUCCCAUCCAGCUACUUGUAUCAAGUGGUCCACAUAAUAUAUCUGCAAACAUUUUUCCAACAAAGAUUCUCCCAAAUGGCACAUUUUACACAUCAUGGGGUGCUAACCUGACUUUUAACUGUUCCUGUCAGUCAUACCCUGAACCAAAGAUGACAUGGACACUCUACAGAUUACAAAAUACAUCAGAGCAGUUUCAUCAUAACAAUGCAUCCGUUAUAAACUUUAACAUUACCCAUAUAGCUUCUGAUUACCAGGGUAACUAUUCCUGUUCAUCAGAGAACCCCGUAAGUGGACGGAAAGUGUCCUCAACCAUGGAACUUCUGGUUUACCAUCCACCUAGCUUUCCAAUGGCAUGCUAUGCAAACAAUUCAGAUGAUCUUUUGCAAUUAGUUCUCUCUUGCAGCUGGCCAGGGGGAUACCCCUCUCCAGAUCUGCAGUGGAUACAAGAUGACAAAGCACUGAAAAAUCAGACCGGCAUCAGUGACCCCUUGGUACUAUCAUUAAAUCGCACCCAGCUUAGUGCUGGCCAACAAUUUGAAUGCCAAGGAAAGCACCUGACAAAUGAUCAAAGAAAAGAGAAGUGCCAACUUCAGACAGCACUUCCUGUGCUUGAGUCCCAGCCCUUGCGCACCUGUCUCCUGGGGGGGAAUGUAACCCUGUCCUGUACUGCUUCGGGGGCCAUUCCCCUGGCCGUGAUCACUUGGCUUCGCAACUGGAGUAACCCAGACAUGGAACUCCAAUCAGGAAAAAAAUACUUAAUCUUCCAGAGCAACACGACUUCCUUUCUCACAAUAUCCAACUGCUCCAAUGAUGGAGAUGAGGGAUACUAUGUCUGCAAAGCAGAGAACGUCUUGGGGAUGAAAGAGAUUAAUGUAUAUCUGACAGUAACCAAGCCACGUAACAUUCUCGGACUGGUGUUUGCGAUCCUUAUCCUCGUUCUCCUGGUGGUGGCUUUAAUCACAGGCAUUAUUUAUUACUGUGACCCUCAACUCUACCUGAAAGGUAACUGUUUUAGAUCGUCAGGAACUGAAGUCAUGGUGUUGGUAGAUGACGAGGAAGAAGAGGAGUUGGAAGAUAUGAGGGAACCGACCGAAAGUACCUUGAACACAGAGACUGAGAGUCCUCCUGCUGUAAAUGGAAAUAUCUACAAACAUGAAGCUUUGUUCCAUCAUCCUCCAGACAACAUCAGUCCAGCCUUAUUCGGUGACAUCUCUGAAGACAUAGAAGUGGGUAACCCAAGUGAUAACUUAUGAUGAAAAUGGAUAUGAAGUUACACCUCAAUAAUCCUUCUGCCAGAGAGCACAAUGCACAUCUCACCACAGGAUCCCUGUUAGAAGGAGCAAGUCCUCCGCGGCUGGGUUUGUUUCAUUGCGGAAACACAGAUACAUUUAUUGUAUUCUGCUCCUGGAAUUCCGCAAUGUUUUUUAACCUGUAUCCUAAAUGAGAUGAACCUUGUAUUUCCUCCUACGGAGGACUCUAUCCUGUGAACCUUGCCACUUGUCUAACAGAGAGCGACCCAUAUUUACUAGCCUAUAAAUACAAAACAUGUGACAAAAUAAACACACUAUAGAAAAGCAAAGAGUUGACAGGUAUAAUAUCCAAGUAAUGUACAUGGAGUGAAAAAAAAUUAUAAAAGAGAUAAAUCUAGGAAAAAUAAACAAUCCUAUCCUA